AUGGUACAAAGAGCUACCGCCGCAAUUGUCAUCCUUUCGUCGCUAAUCGCAUACGUUUUAAUAAAUAGCUUGAUCCGGGCUGUCAACCCCUCGGCUUUUAUCUGGUCUGCCGAAGAUAAAGACGAGGCCCGCUGGAUUGCUUCCUCGCAUUCGUGGUUUGAUCAGAAAGCCUGCCGGUGGCUAGGGCUCUGUGGUACCGCGCAUUACCGCGCGGUUCGCCCCCGUUUCGGCCAGCACAAGCUCAUCUCAGAGACACUUUCACCAGGAAAGUCUAAUUCUACUUCCUGGGGGGCGUUUUGGUCGAACGGGGGCAAUCUUUCGGACGCCACGUGGGACGAAUCCGAAAGGUCUCGUCGAGAAAUUCCAGACUACAUUUUUCGAUAUGCGCCUCUCGUCCACUUGUUUUCAGGCGAACAGUUCUGGCCUGGUGAUAUCGCUGAGCACCUCUAUCACACAACCCCAAUGCUGAAUUAUACACCCGUCCGGUCACAAGAAGACCAUCCGACCCUGCAAGAUCUUAACCAAUUAAAUCAAUUUCAAGGAGGGCGCUACAUAUUUUUGACGAGUAAUGACAACGUUGAAGAUCGUCCGUCCUGGCUGGAGGGAGAGAAAAACAUACCCGACCCUCCUGAGGAUGGAGAUGUGGCAGAAGCCUGGGCGGAUUGGGACGGUCGGGUUGAUGGGGAUAUCCCGGGCGACACCCCGGAAGAGAGAGCCAAGUGGUACGAUGCAAGCCAAACCGCGCAGGACAGAGAAGGCAAUAUGACCCCGGAUAAGCCCGGUUAUUCAGAUUUAGAAGACGAGCUGGUUCGGGACGAACUUCGGAAACGGUAUGGUGGGGAGCCCAUCCGUACGGAGCGAACUGGGGGUCACAGCAAUGCACCAGCUGUGCUGAUCGUUAUGGACAAAGGUAACGGCAUCAUUGAUGCUUUCUGGUUCUAUUUCUACAGCUUCAACCUGGGGAAUGUAGUUCUGAAUGUGCGAUUUGGGAACCAUGUCGGCGAUUGGGAACACUGUCUCGUGCGAUUCCAGCAUGGUAAGCCCAAAGCACUCUUUUUCAGUGCCCAUAGCGCGGGUGAAGCAUAUAGUUACGAGGCCGUCGAAAAGAUUGGGGAGCGACCAGUCAUCUACUCGGCGCUGGGAACCCAUGCCAUGUACGCGACUCCCGGUAUUCACGAUUAUAUUUUGCCAUGGGGUCUCCUUCACGAUCAGACGGACCGCGGCCCGCUGUGGGAUCCUCUCUUAAACUCCCGCUCAUAUACCUAUGAUUAUAACAACGAUACUUUGCUUGCAUCCACUUUCAACCUGGAUUCACCCACAGAAUGGUUUUAUUACAAUGGCCAUUGGGGUGACAAGUUCUAUCCAUUGGGAGAUCAUCGACAAUAUCGCUUCGCAGGGCAAUAUCAUUACGUGAACGGGCCCCUUGGUCCUCGGUUCAAACAUCUAGAUCGCCGCAAAGUGUGUCAAGGGCCUGAUGAGGGGCCUUGCGUGAUCAAGAACUAUAUCGGGGAGCACACAAGGGCCAAGCGAUGGCUUAGUACCGACCCAGGGAGCCGCCAUUGAAGGGUUUCUUGGGUCAACAAGCCAUGAAGACUUGAUUCCCUCUUUUCCUUCCUUUUCUUUGGUGAUUCCAUUCCAUAUCAUAGGAUAUACACCAUCUGUUCCCAUAUACCCGACUUUUUAGACCAUUGACUUGAUGUCAAGAGUUUGAAGCGUAUGAGUCACGAUGGAUGAUGAAUAUACAGUUACUACGUACGAUGGAGCUUGGUAGGAGAUCUCCACUGGAUGGAGUUGUCGAUGGUCGCAACUUUGAGAUUCCUUGCACAGGGUGAAAGUGAAACUGGGCUGAGACUGGAUAGAUAACUGAGUCGAUGAAUCAACGAUUACUAGUAAAUGAGUCAUU